AUGUCAGACAGAAUACCUGCGGCAGACAAGAAAAACGUAUCUUCAGAAGCAAGAAAUGAAACUUAUCCAAUUCAGGAAGCUGGUGUUUUGGAUUCAAGUGGAGAGCAAGGACAGACAAAGGCCAAGAUUCAAGAGAAACUGAAGAAACUGUGUGCUUGUCCUCCUCAAGGUGUCCUUGCCAGAGUAAUAACAAAGGUGGCAACAGGAGCCCUGAUCUGGGGCCUAAUUUGGAGUCUUACAGGCAAAGAGAGUCUGCCUGGUGGGAGCAUCUUCGGAAUUGUAUGCCUCUAUUUUUGUUCAGUAAUUGGUGGCAAAAUUGUGCAGCUAAUUAAAAUACCAGGAUUGCCUCCUCUCCCUCCUUUUCUUGGUAUGUUGAUUGCUGGAUUUCUCAUCAGAAAUAUUGAAUACGUCAGUAAGGUGAUCGUGAUCAAAGUACAGUGGGGAGUUAUAUUCAGAAAUGUUGCCCUCUCGAUUAUUUUGUGUCUAGCUGGUCUUGGCCUUGACGCAAAGGCUCUGAACAAGUUAAAAACUGUCUGUUUCAGACUAUGCAUGGGACCUUGCAUCACUGAAGCAUGUUCAGCAGCAGUUAUAUCUCACUUUCUAAUGAAAUUCCCCUGGGUAUGGGGGUUUAUGUUAGGUUUUGUUCUAGGUGCUGUAUCUCCAGCUGUUGUAGUCCUUUCGAUGCUGAUGUUACAGAGACAAGGUCUUGGUGUAGAUCAAGGAAUUCCAACGUUACUAAUCGCUGCUGCCAGUAUGGAUGACAUUGUAGCCAUCACAGGCUUUAACAUUUUCUUAGGCAUGGCUUUUUCCUCAGGGUCCACCCUUCAUAGCAUCUUGCAUAGUGUGGUGGAAGUUGUUAUUGGUGCAGGUGCUGGUUGCCUUUUAGGAUUUUUUAUUACAUAUUUUCCAAACAAGGAUGAGAAAUCCAUUGCAGGGAAAAGAGCCUUCUUUGUGAUUGGCUUGUCAGCAUUUUCUCUUUUAAGCUGCAAACGUUUUGGCUUUCCAGGAUCUGGAGGACUCUGUGUCAUUGUUUUGUCAUUUCUCGCUGGAAUGGGGUGGUCUAAUGAAAAGAAAGCAGUGCAAGAUAUUGUUACUUUUGCAUGGCAAGUGUCCCAACCAUUUCUAUUUGGACUAAUUGGAGCUGAAAUCUCUGUUUCUUCCAUUGGAUUAAAUACUGUUGGGCUUUGUUUGGCCACUAUGAUUUUGGCUGUAGCAGUUGGAAUUGUGGCUACCUUGGUGAUUAGCUCUGGCUUUCGUGGGAAAGAAACAUUAUUUAUUCCGCUGGUAUGGAUCUCCAAAGCAACUGUCCAGUUUCGUCAGACAAUUUCUGAGGCCUGUAUGAUCAACAAGUUGUUUCCCCCCCUGGUCACAUGAUCAAUCAAGACCAUGGAUUUUACCGCCUGCACAUAGUUUUUUUCCCCCUCCUUGCUGCUGGAUAGAAAACUAAAGGAGUGAGUCUCUCAUAGCUGUGGUCCUUAGGAUGGAGCACUAUGGUUUCCUUUGUAAGUAUUUUAACUUUUUCCUUUUCAUUGUAGCACUAUGCUUGUUUAUAAGUACUUAAUAAACUGCUGUGCUUAUUUGUAAUUACUUUGCAACCUACUAAGUAAGUACUAUAAUGUUUAUUACGGUUUUUGUUUGUGUUUCCCUUGCAAUUGCUUGCAGAAAUAGUAUCCAGCAUCUAUAGAAAGAAGUUUAAGGACUUGUAAAGUUCCUUUGCAUUCUACUGCACUGUUUGUUUGUUUGCAUGUAUUGCUUGCAGAAAGAUCCUUCUUGUACUGUGUUUGUUCACUUUUUGCUUUGAGGAUUAGUGUGCACUAUUGUAGAAUGCUUUUACAGUAGCUGAUCCCUGCAAAUUAACUCCCUACACCAAUGUAAAUCCAGGGACCUGCCUGGAGGUGCUGCAAUUCUCACCUUACCAGAAGACUGAUAAGUGGUGGCAGCAAGGUAGCGUUAUUUAAAAAUUCAAUGGAUUAUAGUUGUGGGCAUGCAUUGCACAAUAAUGGCCCAUCAAAAUUCAACAGACCUGUGCUGCUGUGCAAAACCUAGUUACAUACGCUAUGGGAACUUUUAUGAGCACCAUCUAUGCAUAGGCUGAAUCUGUACCACUAGUGUAUCUUCUGUUCAGAAACAGUAUGAAUCUACUUCAGAUGUUUCCCUAAUGGGAGCAGUGUAGAAGGAGAUUGUAGAGGAAUUGUUCCUGCUUCCCCAAAAUCAAAAGAGCAAGGCCUUUCAGUGAAUGGAACUUAUAUUUACAGUCCGAUACUGAAGUGGGGUGGGGGGAGAUCAUGGCAUUGGUCAGGGGAGAAAGCUUUCUCAUGGCUAGGUGUUUCCAGUUGGGCAAAGUAGCUGGCAACAGUAUCAAUGUAUUGGUUGCGUACUGGUCUCAGGAAGAUUGGAGCUUUCCCUCGAACUGCUUGCCCCUCUGCAUUCUUUAACCUUUAGGGAUUGUUUUGCCUUAUCAUAUCCCAUCUUAAUAACUCUGGAGGGAGAACUUGACUUGAGAAACUAAGUUCCACAGGUUUAAUCCAUGAAGGAUCAAUGGAAGCAUUGAGGGAAAAAGUUGAGCUUUAGCCCAAAGUUUAUGGAAGC